UUGGCAAGUUUUCUAUUCUAAUAAGUGUGUCCACCCAUCGGGUGAAAAUCGUGCAAUGGCCAUCAGUAAAAUCAUUGAAGUGCUGUUGUGUAUAAAAUGUGUAAAAUGUAGCCGUUAAUAUAACCCACUCUGUUUAUAAAAAAUAACGUAUAGGUAACACUGAGAGGAUUAACACAAUCAACACAUAAUAACGAACAAUUCAAAGUUGUUUUAUUCCCAAUUUCGAUAGUGAAAAUUCACUGAUAUUUAAUAAUUCGUUGCGCAAUUUGUUUCGUGCAAGUGACGCUUAUUCGUGAACGUUAUUUAUUCCAUGACUUCUUCACCCGAUAAUACGUUUCUCACCAUUUGUCCACUUAUGGUGAAGUCGUGAGCAUUUCCGAGAUUGUUUUUAAGGAUUUUGUCGGGUCUUUAGGACGUAUUUGAGGUUAGUGGAAAAUGACAGUAUUAGAGGCAGAAGAAGAUUCGGAUGAGCGAUCCGUUCCCCCCAGGAAAAAAUUUUGCUUGUCUCUGUCACGACGGGAUCAUAAUAUUAAUAAAAAUUUAUCUCAGCCCCCUCACUCGUCUACACGAGGGGGCUUCUUCGAGGAUCAAGAUCUUCCUUAUAGCACGAGCAAAAUGUUGAAUGGAUAUCGAAGUCACCUCGGCAAUCAUCAAGACACAUCUUACGAUAUUAUUGGGGGCUGCUCUGAGAGUUUGAGAAUUGCAACUCUAUGUAAUCUUGGGAAUACAUGCUUUCUGAAUAGCGUUAUAUAUACGCUACGUUUUGCACCAUCGUUCUUGCACAAUUUACAUCAUCUUGCGACAGAUCUAUCGAAUCUUAAUGAGAAACAGUCACAGGUAAAGGCAAAAUCAUCAUCCCUUGGACGUACAGGUGUUUCUCUCACGUCAAGUGGUAAUCGAAGUUGGAGUAGUAAAGAUUUAUCGGCGUUGUCUGGGCUGGGUGAGCUGAAUAAACCAAGGAUACAAGUUGCCACUGAAAAAUUACAUGAGUUAUUUAUGGCACUGAGGGUAUCUGAGACUAAGGAGAACAGCGAGCCUUAUCAGCCCGAUGCAUUUUUGCAGGCUCUGAGAGAGGUCAAUCCCAUCUUUGAAGGCAAUCAGCAACAGGAUGCACACGAGUUGUUGGUGUGUUUACUCGAUAAUAUUCGAGAAACAUUUCAAUUGCUCGUUAGAUAUCGAGAGAGCCAAUUUGGCCAGAGCAAUGGUGGCCUUGGGGAUUUACAUAUGGAUCGUAUCAAUGAUAUGCAAUUCGAGGGAACUGGCUCUGGUAAACGCAGCAUAAGGAAGAAAAAGCAGAAGAAAUAUCCGUCGACUCAUACACGCGGUAGUAUGAGUUGUUUGCCGCAGUCUAAUGUCAAUGGCAUGGCAUCAAGACCUUUUGAAAAUGGACAUGCUGAUUUUAUGCCUAGCAAUGGUGAAGCCUAUUAUCCACCUGAGAGUAAACAAUGUUUUAUUUCUGAGGACUUUGAGGGCGUCAGUUUGCUACGUACAACUUGUCUCGAGUGUGAACAUGUUACUGAGAGAAAGGAAACAUUUUGCGAUAUUUGUGUCCCCAUUGACACUGGAAGAUCCAACGAGAAAGACGAGAGUGGAAAAUCGAUAGACAGCUCAGAAGUGUACAGACAUUUGGUUGUGACCAGUGAAUUUCUGUCUGGAAGAGACAAGUAUUGGUGCGCCAGCUGCUUGAGAUACAACGAAGCUCAAAGGGCUGUCAGUUUUCCCUCAUUGCCGAGGCUACUUGUUCUGCAAUUAAAGAGAUUUUCCACUGCUGCGGGAUCUAUGGAGAAGAUAAAUAAUUACAUGCCCACCCCUUUGACUCUUCAAUGCUUCUGUGAGCAGUGCAGUAAUGAGCAGCAGAGUGGAUCGUCCAACAGACAAGGAGAAUCUCGUCACGUUUACAAGCUUUACUCGGUGAUUAUGCAUCAGGGUGCGACAAUGACAGCUGGACAUUACGUUGCGUACACUAAAGUCCCUGAGGAUUCAACGUACAACGAGUACACUCAUUGCGGUAGAGAUUGUCGUCGACAGAAUGUAUCACAGAGCAGCACCUCUGGUAAUUCUAAUAAUUCGUCAUCCACUGGAAUAAUGAAAUACUUCAAAAGUAAACAGAAUAUCAGUGAGAGUAAGGAGCAUCUGCUGAGAAUGGGAUGUCGCAGUAUGGAUUGCUGUGGCAUACGACGUGGAAAACACUUUGGCACUUGGCUCGAGUGCGAUGAUGAAGCUGUCAGGGCAAUACCCGAACAUGAAUUACAAGAUAAAUUAGCCUCAAAUCCACGUAACUCGGCGACUCCCUAUCUGUUGUUUUACGUCAGAUCUGCAACGUAAAAUUCAAUCAUUCCUUUUUACUGAUUUUUUCUCAUCAUCCUCUACCUUUCUAUCUCAAUUGUUUCGAAUAUUUCCCUUGUAUCGAAGAUAUGUAUCAAAUGUUUUCAUUUCAAAUUAAAAACUUCGAAUACCAAUUCAA